AAUUUAUGGAUUAUAUUUCUGACGAAGCCAUGUAAUGUAUGCCUAAAAAAGCAUAAAAUGCAUAUUUGAUUUAUAGAAGUGAGGUUUACGAUGAAGUUAAGAAGAAAAAUUAAGAUAAAAGUAUGACAGAAUUAACUUAAGUUAUUUCAUAAAUGUGGAAUGAUUUAGAUAAAAAAAAAAAAGAAGUAUUAUUCAAUUUUAAUAUAGAAAUAUGAAAACGAAAAAGAGAAAGCUUAAAACUAAUAUAAAAAAGAUUAUGAAGCUUGGUUGAAGAAAUUUAAAUUAGAUGAUGAGAAAGUCAAAGAGUGCUUAAAAGAAUUAAAAUAAGAAAAGAAAAAGCAUAAAAAGGGUUCAAAAAAAGUGACUAAAGCAAAUAAAGAUGAUGAUGAAAGUGAAGAUGAAGAUGAAUAAAGAAUUCAAUAAAUUAAGAAUAAAAAUUCUAAAAAGGAAUAAAAAGAAGUUAAAGAAACUAAGGAGACAAAAGAAACAAAGGAAAAGGAAAAAUAAAAGUAAAAUUAGAAAGAAAAGGAAAAAGAAAAAGAAUAAAAAGAAUAAAAAGAAUAAAAAGAAUAAAAAGAAUAAAAAGAAUAAAAAGAAUAAAAAGGAAAUAAGAAAAAAUGA